AUGAGUAGAAAAGUAGAAGGUCAUUUUGGAGACGUACAGCUCAAUGCGUGUCAUAUAUUAUCGGCCCAAUCGAUUCAAAUGGGUGAAAUAAGCCCUCGUCUUAUUUUCGGAGAAUCUGACCAGACUGCUAGCUCCAGCAGAAUGUUUGCAGUCGAUGAGUAUGGUGAACGUGCAGGACCACCAAUUUAA